UGGCCAUGUUUCCGACAACAUGUGAAAGCAGCUUGCCGGAGCACAACCUUUGAAGUUUUUCAGGGAGACUUUGCUGCAGUGAAUCCGACAGGUGGUGGAGACACAACGCUGCUUGACAGGGUCAGAAACACCCUAACAGCACAGGAGCGACGCUCAGGUGAUCAUUUGUGACCUGAAUGCGCCGCUGCACGUGGAGACAACGCGCAGCUUUGUGAAGCAGACUUGGUCGCGAGCUCGUGCGUCGCUGCAGAAACACAGGAAGAAGUGUGAAGACGGAUGUAUGACAAUGAGGCACGCUGAGAACCGGAGCAGGCAGCCCGGGUUUGUGUCACUGACUCCGCGUCUUUAACUUGAAAUCUGUAGAAACACAUGAAACGCACGAGCCGCGGGUCUGUGUGGAUUACCGAAGUCUGAAUUAAUCGGCACCAAGUGGAUUUAAGCGUUUAGGGGGACGACAUGGGGACCCAGGGGACAGGACGGAAAAGGUCCACUAAAAAGGACAAAACGACGGCAGAGGACGAUGCCCUGAACCUCAUAGCCAGAGAGGCCGAGGCCAGGCUGGCAGCAAAGAGGGCAGCCAGGGCAGAGGCCAGAGAGAUCCGCAUGAAGGAGCUGGAGCGACAACAGAAAGAGAUCUUUCAGGUGCAGAAGAAAUACUAUGGCUUGAACACCAAAUUAGAUGACCGCGUGGACAACAAAUGGGGAGAUAUUGAACAAUGGAUGGAAGACAGUGAGAGGUACUCACGUCCUUCACGGAUUCACAUGCUCUCAGACGACGAUGAGCGGAUGUCAGUGGGAAGCCGAGGCAGCGCCAGGUCGGAUCUUGAUGCAGUUGGAGCUUAUGGUGGAGGGGGCUCCUCACAUAAGAAGUCAAAGAAAAAGAAGAAACAUAAGCACAAAGACAGAGAUAGAAACGGCUGUGAUGACGAAUACAGCGUCAUAUCUGACAGGAGCUCAAGACUCAGUGAUGAAAGCAGAGUGUCUCGCUCCAGGCUAGACCUCACGAGCUCCAGACUGACCGAUGACAGCCGGCUGUCUCGUGUCUCCCGAUCAGACCUGCAGCUGGCCUCUUACGCUUCUUCUGACUUGUACAGCCUCAAUGGUCUGUCCUCUUCCAGAAACCCAGGCUCAGCUUUCAAUGGUUACCAGUUCUACAGGUCACUCAGUCAGUACAGCCAGGAGCUUUAUCGUAGGAGCUCCUUAUAUGAAGACAGUCUGUGCAGUGGGUCGCGGCGAGUCAUCAGCGCCAGCUCUCAUCCUGUAGAGUACACUAGUUAUCGCAGCUCCGGCUCCAGAACCUCCAGCAGGGCCGGGUCAGCCCGUACCAGCCCAGUGAGCAAUUGCAGCUCUGUUGCCAGUUUUUUGAGAAGCAGUAGCAGUGGUCUUCCCAGGGACCUGGACGAUGUCACUAUUCCCGACUUUCCUGACGUGGAGGACAGAGAUUAUCUUGAGAAGGGAUCUCGAGCAGCUUCAGCCUUAACAGCAGCCACGCUCACCUCAUUAGGAGGGUCGUCCUCCCGGAGAGGAAGCGGAGAAACGGCUUUAACUGUAGACGCCGAGAGCUCCAUACGAGAAAUCAAGGAGAUUCACGAACUGAAGGAUCAGAUUCAGGAAGUGGAAGCCAAGUACACUCAGAACCUAAAAGAAGUCAAGGAUGCACUAGCAGAAGUGGAGGAGAAGUAUCGUAAGGCCAUGGUGUCGAACGCUCAGCUGGACAAUGAGAAAAACAACCUGAUGUACCAGGUGGACACGCUCAAAGACUCACUCAUGGAGCUGGAGGAGCUGCUAACUGAGUCCCGCCGAGAGCACGAGGAGAAAGUCAAGGAAUACGAGCGAGAGAAGUAUGCCCACAGCGUGCUCCAGUUCCAGUUCAAUGAAAUGAAAGAGACGCUAAAGCAAAGUGAAGAGCUCCUAAACGAGAUCCGUCAGCUGCGUUUGAAACAGGAGGGUUUUGUUAGAGAAAUAACUGAUCUGCAGGAGACGGUGGAGUGGAAGGAUAAAAAAAUUGGGGCCUUAGAGCGACAGAAAGAAUACACAGAUGCAAUCCGAAUUGAGCGCGAUGAGCUCAGAGAAGAAGCUGUGAAGCUGAAAGAUAUUCUGAAGAAACAUGGAAUAGUGUUGGGACCUGAUCUGAGCAUCAAUGGGGAUGUUGACGUGGCAGAAGCUGAUGAGUCCUCCAGUGUAGACCCUGCUUCCCAACCAGCUCAGGAGUCUCAGACGACCCCAGCAGAGGGGAACAGCAUGCUCGAGAUUCGCCUGAGGAAACUGGUGGAUGAGCGUGAGAAAAUGAUAGAGCAGGUAAAGAAACUAAAAGCCCAGUUGGAACAGAAAACUCAGAAGAACGGCACAGACACCAGCCCAGACGCUGAAAUUAUUGAAAAUGGAAACGAUCCAAACAUAAUGGAAUUACAGAGGGACUCCAACAGGCAGAUCAGCGAGUUGAAGUUCAAACUCGUGAAGGCAGAGCAGGAAGCGACGGCAUUAGAACAAAAUGUGACCAGACUCGAGGGUCAGGUGACGCGCUACAAGUCUGCUGCCGAGAACGCUGAAAAAAUUGAGGACGACCUGAAGGCCGAGAAACGGAAACUCCAGAGAGAGCUGCGAUCGGCACUGGACAAGGUCGAGGAGCUCGAGUCCAACAACAGCCACCUUUCUAAAAGACUGGAGAAGAUGAAGUCCAGCCGCGGCAUGGCGCAGACUCCAUAGCACCAACUGCAAGCAGCAGCUUCAUCGUGAUUUUAACCAAAAACUGGCUUAAAAAGGGAAUCAUCCAUUUUCUGGGUUUCUCUUUCAGCUGCCUAAUAGCAACUUUAAUAAAACACAAAAAAAUCACAGUUAUCCACAGAAUAGAGAACACCAACAAGCCAUGUGCCAUUUCUUUGUUUUCUUUCCGAUGAGUGUUUUUCGUAGCAUCAUGCACACACCCAGAAAGUACAUGAAGGAACUGAGGGGUGCGCCCAUUCGUGUACUUUCAUUGUGACUGUGGUUGAACCAGAACCGGGCCCACAAAAUGUUGCGCUUCCUCCCCCAACUCUCUGCUGCUCUUCACCGAGACGUUUCUUCUCCUAAGUCAAACGGAGGGAAGAGACAUUCAGGACGGUGCACGGCGCCGUUAGCGACGGCUCAGACUGUUACCUUCAGCUUCGUGUUGUUUUUUUUUUUUCUUUUUGCAUCCAAAGCCAAACUAGUUUUAAAAUUGGGUUAAAGUCUGGGUGUUUGUUAACUAUGCAAGAUGGUUUUUGUAGCACCUCAAACAUGAUCUGAUCAUUCAGAACAUUUUUGGAGUUUUUCACGUAGCCAGCAGUUUACUGAAAGUUUUUGCCCACAGCGUGUAUCCGUCUCCUUCUGGGAAACAGUCGUAUCUCGGAGCUUUUUCCUGCUUCACGUAGUCGGUCACUGGUUGGCUCUUGUGCACUCACGUAAAGGCUGAGACUUACUGACGAAAUGUGACGACAGGGACUCACAAAGCGGUGUUAGCAGGAGAUACAGAGCACACUGGGGAGAUGCUGCUUCACUGUUUACAGAGCUUUAAACUGUUUGUAAGGAAGCAAAGAACUGUAACCUUCGUGCAAUAAAAAAUUUAAACUGAA